GACUCGGGUAUCCCAAAUCCAGGAGGAGGAGCCUCGGUGGACGGGAGGAAGUAGCUCUACAGAUUGGAUGUGUGUGUGUGCGCGAGUGGAGCGUUUACCUCCAUAGUGUGUUUGUCGCAAACCACUGGAUUGUUAAAAGAUAAGCCAAAAGGAAAGAAAAGGAAAGGAAAGAAAAAAAAUCCUCAGGAAGAAACCACCCGCAGACUGUAUCUCGAAGAGAUGAAGAUUUUCCUUUGGUUUUAUUUCCACGGUACAGGUUGAAGCAGCCGGCCAGGAAGCGAGCAUUAUGCAUUCAGACUGCAGGCUGCUAUAGGCAGAGCGGUAAUGGUGGGCAGGGGAGCGACAGGGGCCGGGGUUCUCGUCCUGUCGAUACUCAUCAUUCUCACCACGGAAAGCUGUCGAGCGCAGAAAGGUGAUGGCUGUGGUCCCAGUGUACUUGGCCCUGAGAGUGGGACUCUGUCCUCUCUGGGGUACCCAAGGACCUACCCAAACAACACUGUGUGUGAGUGGGAGAUCAGUGUGCCUCAUGGCAAGAGGAUCCAUUUUCUCUUUGCUUUAUUGGACAUAGAAGACAGCGACUGCCAGGUCAACUACCUCCGCCUCUACAAUGGCAUCGGACCAAACAGGAGCGAGAUUGUGAAGUACUGCGGUUUGGGGCUGAAGGUUGAACAUCUGAUCAAUUCCACUAGUAACCAGGCCACUGUGCAGUUCAUGAGUGGGACCCACCAUACUGGACGCGGAUUCUACCUGUCCUACUCCACCACUGAAUAUGCAGAUCUAAUCACCUGCGUGGACAAGGGAACUAACUUCUCUGAGGCAGAGUACAGGAAAUACUGUCCAGCAGGCUGCUUGACAUCUACAGAGGUUGUUUCUGGAUCUAUACCUAAAGGUUAUAGAGAGUCCUCCCCUCUGUGUGUGGCAGCAAUCCACGCAGGUGUGGUGUCCAAUGCGGCAGGAGGGAAUAUCAGUGUGGUCAACAGCAAAGGCAUCUCUCACUAUGAGGGCACGCUGGCUAACAACGUCACUUCCACUGUGGGAACUCGGUCAGACAGUCUCUUCACUUUCAUGACCAGCGGUUGCUAUGGAACCCUGGGUUUAGCAUCUGGUGGUGUUGCUGAUACUCAGCUCAGUGCUUCGUCUGUGUUGGACUGGAGUAGCAGUGAGCACGGCGUGUGGGCACCAUCAGGGGCACGGCUCAGAAAGGAGGGACUGCCCUGGGCUCCUUCUCAGAGUGACCAGCAGCAGUGGCUGCAGGUGGAUCUCAAGAAGGAGAAGCGGAUCACAGGAAUCAUCACCACUGGUUCUGCCCUCAGUGAUGAAAAGUGCUACGUUUCAGCAUACCGGGUCCUGUACAGUAACAACGGCAAGCAGUGGUCCAGCUACAAAGAAUCAAAUUCAACACAAGACAAGAUUUUCCAAGGCAACAACAACUACGGGGACGAGGUGAGGAAUAACUUCAUUCCACCAGUUGUGGCCCGGUUUGUGAGGAUCAGUCCCAUCUCAUGGUACAAGAGAAUUGCACUCAAGUUGGAGCUGCUUGGCUGCCAAGUUCUUUCAGACGGGCGAACAGAAAUGAGGCCAAGGAUGGUCUCUCCUCAUCACACUCCAGCAGCUGCUGGUACAAAACACCCACCUCACCUUGGCCUAACAACACCUCCCCCGAACAUCAGAAACACCACCAUGCCUCCCCACACUGGUAAAGAUGUGGCUCUGGCAGCAGUGCUGGUUCCUGUGUUAGUCAUGGUCCUGACUCUCAUCCUGAUUGUGGGUUGUGCUUGCCACUGGAAGAACAGGAAAAAGACCUCUGAAGGAACAUAUGAUCUUCCUCACUGGGAUAGCACAGACUGGUGGAAAAGCAUGAAGCAGCUGCUGCCCUCCAAGAUGGUGGAGACUGAGGAUUCAGUGCGAUACAGCAGCAGUGAAGUCAGCCGUCUAACGGGAAGAGGUGUCGUACCUGGACUACAUGCUGAACCUGCAGAAUAUGCCCAGCCACUGGUAAGCGGUGUAACAACAUUAGGCCCACGGUCAACCUUUAAACCAGAUGAUGGACCCACCCCAAGAUACUCUGAUCCAGACCUGUACGAUGCCCCCAUCUCUCCAGACAUAUACCAUGCCUAUGCAGAGCCCCUGCCAUCUUCAGGAUCUGAAUACGCUACACCCAUUGUGGUUGACAUGGGUUUGAACCAGCCCUCGACUUUAUGUAAUUUCGUGGGUCCUGGGCCCAUGAAUCCUGCACCACUGCAUCCAUGGACAGACAGUGGCCAGUCAGGGAGCACUGCAUACGAUAGACCCAAAAAUUCCACUGGACAUGCCACGCCCCCUGAGGAUCUGACCUAUCAGGUACCUCAGAAGCAGAGAAGCACUCAAAAGGCAACAGGACAAGGCUGAAGAGUUUGAAUGCACAUGGCCUUAAUCUGCACCUCGCUACCAGCACGACCCAGAGGAUAAAGACAGGGUUGCUGGAGGAGACGUGAACCUGUCAGCCCUUGAGUUUUGGGCUUGAGUCUUGAAUGAACACUACCUUUGCUUUAGAUUCAUCCGGAGAUGCCUGUGUUGCCUAAUUGUUUCUGCAUGGCCACAAACAGCUCGUGUAGAGUCCUAUCACUGAAAUCACAAAGAUGAAUGUGCUUGUGCCAGGCGUGAGUUGGAAAUGGGUGAACGGAAAGAGGGGAGGAUGAAAAGAAGAAAGCUGACUACUGUUUGAUAAAGACUCUGUCCCUGUUCUGUGAUUUUUAUUUUUAUUUUUUUAAAGGUCUUGCAUCCUGUGAAACUGUGAUUUCCAUUCUGCCGUUGUCUGUUACACACUAAACUAGAUUCAACUGAAAAGUACCCGACGAUUCAUCAAAUCUGAGGGUUUUCAUACUGAAUUAACUGCAUGUGGAGGAGUUCCUCCUUUGUAGAGAAACUCUUGCUUUCCAUGGUACGUUGUCUUAUUUUGUUUAAAAGCAUGACUUGAAAUUGUGUAUAGUUCUAGUAAUUCCAUUACUGCAAUUCUGUUCAAACUCAAAUGAUUUAUUAAUAUUUAUUUUUUAUUUCACAUCCUGCUGAUAAGGAGAGACUCUUUAAUAAUCUAACAUCCCGCCACUCGGUGACAGCAAAUCAAAGAAUUGGGAAGGUGCACCGUUGUGGGCGCCUCACUGACAAUUAGCGGUUUUUGAUCAAUCCCGUUUAGAGAUGGAAAAGAAACUGACUGGGAGAAUCAAUCGAGUGAGCUUCCAAAAAUCCUUUGAAAAUACUUUUUGUAGUAUUGGAGACCAAACGUUGCCUUUUCUGAUUCACAAGAUCCGACUUUAACAAUCGUGCCAACAUCGCAAGUUUAACCAAAUAAACGUUAGAGCAGUCUUAAGACUUUUUUUUUUUUUUCCAACAUUGUUGAAUGAUGCAAAAACAAACCAAAAAAAAAAAAAAAG